GAGGGCGACGCGGGGUGGUGGGCGCCAUCAUAGCGGAGCACACGAAAGCUUUCGCCCACGAGAUCCACCACGGCACCCCGGAGUCCAUCACCAAGGCGGCCAAGCGUUGGUUCAUGCUCCCUAAGCUGCUGUUCGGGCACGCCAACCUCCGAGGCGGCAAGAGAGGCAACGCUCAGCUCACCACUACGCUGUUCCGCCAGGCCUCGGAGAUCAGGGAACACCGCGAAGCGCAGCUUUGGGGCGCCGUCCUCGACUCCGCCCCACCUCCUUUGCGCGCCAGGCGGAAGACUACCGCAGAGCACGACGUUAUGACGUCGCGCAAACUCGUGGAGGCAGGCGCCGUGGGCAAAGCCACGAGAGUCCUCCGCGAAGCACUCGAAAUUGCUGGAGACGAGUUGACCCUUCAAGCCGCACCGCAGCUAUUCCCACACCAUCAGCCACAGCCACCAGCCGCCUACGACGAACAGGACGACGAGCAGCAACAGUUCGAGCUACACUUCGCCAAAGCCUUGCGGGCCGCACCAAAACGAAGCGCAGUUGGGCCCGACGGGUGGCGGUACGAGCACUUCCAACUCGUCCAAACUGACCUGUCCGCUCUGUGUGCCCUGGCCACAGUGGCCGCAGCACUAGCCCGCGGCACCCUCUCGCAGGAAGUGCAGGGACUGGCGACGGCCGCCCGCCUCCUCCCGCUCACCAGAAGCCCCACCCGAAUCCGCCCCAUCAAUCUCGCCAGCCCGCUCCGCCGUCUCGCGUCCAAGGCGGUCAACAAAAUGGCGGCGGACGAGGUCGCCGAGGGGCUUCGCGGCAAGCAGUUCGGGUACAAGCACACGGCUGGGGCGGAACUGGUCCACAAACGCGUGUCCACUGCCCUCCACGUCCGCCCGGACUACGCUGUGCUCUCUCUGGGCGCUGCAGACGCCUUCCAGAAACUGAGCAGGGUGUACAUCAACGAAGGCAUCGAUGCUCACUGCCCAAAACUCCGUCGAUGGGCAAGAGGGUUCCUGCCGGACGCCGGGCAGGUAGUCUACCACGACACCGGGGGCAGAAUACACAUCUGGAACCAAACGACGGGUAUCUUCCAGGGGUGCGGCAUGGCCACCACGCUCUUCUGCCUCGGACUCGACCGAGCCCUCGAGAGGGCCAAACACCAAUUCGACGCAGCAGGUGUACAGCACGAGCUUUUCGGCUACAUCGACGACCUCACCAUCCUUGCAAGGCCUGAAGACCUGCCCACCAUAUACGCAACCUACACCAACGCACUGAGCCAAGCCGGAGACAUGGCGUGGCGCAUGCGCGCCGCCGGGGUUCCCGCCCAAACGGCGACCCAACUCGACGCCGGCCUGCUCAGCACACUGGAGGACCUAGUGCAAACGCACGACCUCACAGCGGAGCAGAAAGAGAAAUGCUGGCACCCUGUCGCUUUGGGCGGCUUGGGAUUCCAGAGCGUGAGCGCAGUGCGCCUGGAUGCUCAGGCGGCCUCGUGGGCACUCUGCGAGAAGCCUGUGCGUCAGCGACUGGGCCUCCGCGACACAGAUGAUCUUCUCCGUUAUUGCCCGGGCUUGAGACCGGCGCUCCACCGCCUCCAGUGCGCUGUCGACGCGCUGACACAGGAAGAGGCAGCGCGGCAGGCGCCCGGCGCGGAGCCGCCCGACACCACCCAGCGGUGCUUUACCAGGCACAGGCGGCACGCAGAGUGGACGCAGUGGCUACGACGCACCCAGACGGAACCGCACCAACGGGCCUGGGCUCUUAGCGCGACAGGCAAGGGGGCAGGCGCGUGGCUCGGGCCGCCCACGCGGCCCGACCACCACCUCGCUGACGCCCACUUCAGGAUGGCCGUGAGACGCAGACUCGGAGGUCUCGUACGCGCAGCUGACGGCCCCUGUCCCUUCAGAAAGGAGGACGGAACCCUCUGCGCCGGCACCGUCGACACUAACGGACGCCACGCGCUUUGCUGCUCCUAUGGCGGCUUCAUGGUGAGGCGCGACAACCUGCGCGACACCGUCGCGCGAGCCCUACGUGAAGCCGGCAUUUGCGACAUCGCAGUCGAACGAUGGAUUCGCCCGCCCGCUGGGCCGGGCAAUCCGGGUCUCCGCGCGGACCUCAGGUGCACCGACAGUGGCGGCCAGUGGGCUGAUCUUGACCUAGCGAUCGUGCAUCCCGCCUCGCAGCAGAGCCUGCAGGCCGGAGGGGCCCACGCCCAGGGCACCGCUGCGAGACUGGCCGAACAGGCCAAGCGCCGCAAAUACAACAGAGUCGCUGGUUUCCAGCCCCUCGGCUUCGAAGUUUCGGGAGCCAUGGGCGAGUCCACCCGGAAAUGGCUCGCGCAGCAAGUGCCUGGGGGCCCUGGGCGACAGGAGACUCUCAGCACUCUCCACCGGCCCAUCGCCGCCUGCGUGGUCCGGGAGGUGGCGCGCACGCUCAUCAGCGCUGCCUGAGGUGGUCGUCGGGCCAGCCAGCGCGCCUAACGCAGGGGUCUGGUGCGGCCCAGCACGACGGCGGCGCCAGCGCGAGGACAGCGCUGCUGCAGGAGGACGCACGAGGACAGCACG